CUUAAACCGGUUAACGUCAAGAUGGUGAGUCUCGUCGACUACAGCGACCGCGGCGAGGGCGCAUCGGCAGCGCGGCAGUGCGCUACGGGGCGGCGGUUCGUGCGCGCCGCGCUGUCAACCGCCGGUGUCAUUGACAUGCCGGCCUCGAACCGGGCUUCCGUUCAUGCCUGCACUCUGCCCGGCUCCUGGUGCUCUGGUGCUGUGGAAGGUGAAGGCUGGAAGCAGGCAGAUGCGCAAGCACGCCGUGAUGCUCUGUCUUCACCGCCCGCUCUCCCUCUGCGUAAUGCGCCUCCCUCGAGUUGAAUGCGCGGUCCCUGCCACAAAACUUUGAAGUCCACAACUAACUUGCAGUCUUCCGAGCUCUCUGCUGUCUACGCCGCUCUCAUCCUCGCGGACGAGGGUGUCGAGAUCACCGGUGACAAGAUCACCUCCCUCACCCAGGCCGCUGGUGUUGAGGUCGAGCCCGUCUGGGCCGGUCUCCUCGCCAAGGCCCUCGAGGGCAAGGACGUCAAGGAGCUCCUCACCAACGUCGGUGGUGGUGGUGCCCCCGUCGCUGGCGGUGCCCCCGCCGCCGGCGGCGCUGCCGCGGCCGAGGACGCCCCCGCUGAGGAGAAGAAGGAGGAGGAGAAGGAGGAGUCGGACGACGACAUGGGCUUCGGUCUCUUCGACUAAGCGUCUCCGUCCGCUUCGAUUUCUGCUGGCCUCGGUCAUGCACAUACCUACAUAUGCAUGAUUUCUUCCUCACCUCUUGCCUCUGUUCUCGCUUUGUCGUCAGUAGGCCCUCAUGCCUGCUUAUCUAAAGUUUCUUGUCGCCCUUCCUUGCUCGUGUGCGCAUUGUGCGUCAGUCUCUUGACGACUGCGGACUACACUCCCUCUCAAACGACUCCAGAUG